AUGGAGGGCACGCACGGCGGCGGCGGCGGCGGCGGCGGCGGCGGCACUAAGAAAGGCAGCAUGAUGUCCUCGACGAAGCGCAAGGAGCCCCCCGGCGGCGGCUCGAAGCAGCUCUCGACGAAGAGCUGGACCGUCCGCCCGGUCGUCCCGAAGCGCGAGUCGAUUCCGUCCACGGUGCAGCCAACGCAGGAAGAAGACCUCCCCGCGCUGUGGAGCACGAACACGUGGGGGGACGUCCGUCACAGGAAAGACCCGGUCGUGGACAGGAACGCGAAACCCAAGCCGGGGAGCUCCUCCAUCACGCUCCCCGCGGCUGGGGAAAAACGCAAAAAAGACAUCAAGACGAUCAUCGCGGAGAAGGAGUCUCUGCUGAAGAAGAAGCUCAUCGCGUUCGCGUCGUUCAACCAGACCGAGCGCGACCUCCUGACGCAAGCGUUCGAUCGCGUGUCCAUCGACCACGGCGGCGUCCCCGGGCUCGCGACGAGGCAGGAGUUGGCGGACGUGUUCAAUCGACUCGGCGUCAAGCUGACCCCGCGCGAGACGGACGCGUUGUUUAAGAAAUACGGCGAGGACCGCACCGGACGGAUGCCGACGAGCCUCUUCACGACCGCGGUGUUGGAGUCCCGGAAUAGGAUCAUCGCGAUGGAGGAACGCAGGGUCGGGGCGUACAAAGCCGGAGACCGGGAAGAGUACGGCUUCGCCGGGCGGAUCAAAUAUUUCCCGUGCCGAAAAGGCGUCUACGCGCCGACGGAAUGGGACCCCGCGCUCGCCGCGCGAAGCGCGAAGCCGCCGAAACCGGGGCUGUCGCUCGAGUUCGUGUACGGCUACGGCGGACUCACGAACACGGCGAACAACUUAAACUACAACAGCUGCGACCACGCGGUGUACUACACCGCGGCCGUAGGGAUCGUGUUCGAUCGACACAGUCACACGCAGCACUUUUUCCACGGCCACGACGAUGACAUCAAAUGCAUCGCGAUGCAUCCGAACAUGCACUUCUUCGCGACCGGGCAGGUCGCGUCCACGAGCGGGCCGCCGAUCGUGUGCAUCUGGGACUCGCGAGUGAACACGGACGGAUCGUUACGAGGCAUAGUCGCGCAGCUGCCGUUUCCGAACAUGCCAUCCGUGAUCGGCCUCGCGUUUUCGCAAUGCGGCACGCGCCUCGUCGUCAUCACCGGCGACGUCGACCACAGCGUGCACGUGUUCGAUUGGAAGAAAGCGGACGCCGCGAUGGGCGGCUUGGGCGAGCUUCCGCCCGCGGACGCGCCGGAGAUGGAAGAGGGCACCUCCCCUGGGCUGAUAACCAUCGGGAAGGGCGGGAAAGGGGACUCGUUCCCGCACGUGUACGGCGCGGUGUGGAACCCGUUUGGGUCGCUCGUGGACGACCCGGAUAGUAAAAACCCGCGGAACGAGUGGGCGGAGUUCGUCACCUUUGGUUCGAAGCACAUCAAGCUGUGGCGGUGGCACAAGAGCGAGGUCGACGGCAGGGAGUACUACGGCAGGAAGGGCGGCCCCGGGCAGGGCGAUCCCGGGAGGUUCGCGCCGGUGACGUCCCCAGUGGACGUCAUGUCCGCGGCGUGGCUGCCGCCGAGCGGUCACGACAAGACCGGGUGCGUGCUCGUCGCGGGCACGAGAUUAGGGUCGAUUCUGUUGUUCACGUCCACGGUCGGUAAGGGGCUUCACGCGACGCGAUUGCUUCAGGCGCACGGUCGCGGGCCGUUGAUCCCCGCGCUGAGCGGCGGCGACCUCGUCGCGAGCGGCGUCCGGUGCGUCGAACUCAGGGCGGAUAAAGAAACCGUCGUCAGCGGCGGCGGCGACGGCGCGGUGCUUUGGUGGUCCGCCGCGACGCUCGCGGCGGCGGCGCGGUCCAAGUCCGUCCCGUGCGCGCCGUACGAGCGGAAAGUGCUCUCCGGGGACGAUAACAAGAACCCCGCCGCGGUGAGAGGGAUGUCGUGUCACCGGUUCUCGUCCGACGUCUUGUGCGGGACGUACCGGUGCGAGAUUUGGGAGAUUGACGACGAGGACGGUCCGUACGUCUUGAUGUACGGUCACAGCGGAGACGUCCGCGGGCUCGCGGUGCACCCGAAAGAGAAGUCCGUCUUCGCGACCGCGUCCGAGGCUGGGCGGUUAUACAUCUGGAACGCGAAGUCGAGGUUGUUGAAGGCGAAGUGUAACGUCAUGCACCCGUGCGUGGGCGCGGGGUUCUCCCCCGACGGGUUGCACAUCGCCGUGGGGUGCAAAGACGGGACGCUCGUCAUCAUCGACUAUUACAACCUCAUGGCGGGGGACUUUCAGCAAGUCGUCAAGAGGAAGGACGGGACCCGGUGCGAGUUUAACCACUGCAACGAAGCGAUCGACGAGGUGAAGUACUCCCCCGACGGGAAGCUCCUCGCCGCGGGGUCGCACGAUAAUUUCAUCGACAUAUACGACGUCACCGGAGACGCGGUACCCGGUCGGUCAACAGGGGUGAAGUACCACCGUCUGCAUCGCUUGCGCGGGCACAGCUCGUACAUCACGCACAUGGACUGGUCCGCGUUCGACCCGAAGUUCCCGGACCGGCGUAUUCUGCAGAGCACGUGCGGCGCGUACGAGCUCUUGUACUACGACGGAAACACCGGGCAACAAGUCCGGCACAGCAUGCGCGACGAGCGGUGGCACACGCAGACGUGCACGCUCGGGUUUAGCGUCAUGGGCAUCUGGCCAAAGUCGAAGCAAGGCGAACGCGCCGCGGACGGGACGGACAUCAACGCGUGCGAUCGCGGGCCGUCCCCCGGGGGGAAACCGAGCGACGGCGAGCUCCUCGCGGUCGUGGACGACAACGGCAAGGUGAAGUUGUUCAACUGGCCGUGCGUGAUUCAGCACGCGCCGUUUCGACGGAUGGAGUGGAAGCCCGGGAAAGGGGGACGGAAACCGACCGGGGACUGCGUCGGGUACGUCGGGCACUCCUCGCACGUCGUGAACGUGCGCUUCGCGGGCGGAGGGCGGAACGUCGUCACCGUCGGCGGGCACGACCGCGCGGUGUUCCAGUGGAAAGUCGACGCCGAGGCGAAAGAACAGGUCGGGACGAAUAAGCGUCGGAUCGAGCCGAAGCCGUACAUCAUGGACCCGCCGAAGAUUAAAGAGCCUCACGCGAGGGUCGCGGACUUCGCGGACGCGCCGGACGACAUGGACACGGACGCGUCCGGGAAGCGGAAGGAGAUUUGCGAGUACCUCGUGACCAUCGUGACCGGGAACGCGAAAGGCUCCGGGACGACGUCGAACGUGUCCUUCGAAGGCCACGGCGUCGACGAACAAGGCGCGCCGACGCGUAUUAAGGAGAUGGCGCUGGAUAACUCCCCGGAUAACUUCAAGAGAGGCGCGACGGACGUGUUUAAGUUCCGAGGCCCGGACCUCGUGAAGCUGCACCACGUCAAAAUACAGACGGACUACACCGGGCAGAACCCGAGCUGGUUGCUGCAGUCUGUGAGCGUGUUAAACGUCACGAAGGGUUGGGAACACGCGAUGUUCCCCGCGGAGGUGUGGCUGGACCGACAGAAGGGCGGCGAGACGGUGGUGAACUUGUACCCCACCGCGGAGGCGGCGGCGAACGCGCGAGGGAAGAAAGCGCACGAGGAGAUCACGUACGUCGUCGAAGUGAAGACCGCGGACGUUAAGGGCGCGGGGACGGACAGCAACGUGUGGAUAUCCCUCGUCGGCGAAGGCGGACGCGGGUCAAACAAAAAACUCCCCCUCGACAGCGGCCGGAACAACUUCGAGCGAAAGUCCGUGGACACGUUCGAAGUGAAAGCGUCCGUGGGGACGAAGAUCGAGCGCGUCAGAAUCGGUCACGACAACGCCGGGAUCGGAUCGUCGUGGUGCUUGGGCGACGUCAGCGUCACCCCCGCCGGGUGCGAAACGAUUCGAUUCGACGUGCCCUUCGAGGGCGUCUGGCUCGAGGAGGGCGGCGACGUCGGGCUCGCCGUGGACGUCUUCCCGUUCGGCGCGGACGGCAAAGUCACGCGGAAGACUAUCAACUACAAGGUCAUGGUGCACACGUCGGAUAUACGCUACGCGGGCACGGACGCGACGGUGCACAUCGAGAUGUUCGGCACGAAAGGAUCGAGCGGGAAGCGGAAGCUCGAGACGUCGCGGGAUAAUUUCGAAAGGAACAAGUGGGACACGUUCUUCCUGGAGAUGCCCGAGCUCGGCGCGCUGACGUCGAUUAACAUCGGGCACGACAACGCCGGCGCUGGCGCGGCGUGGCACCUGGACAAGGUGAUCAUCUCCGACGAGAACGCCCCGGAGGAGGUGUUCGUGUUCCCCGCGGAUCCAAAGUCCAUGCGCGGGCGGUGGCUGGAUAAAGACGAAGGCGACGGCCUCACGACGGUGACGCUUCAACCGAUGGACGAGUCGAAAGGGAUCUUCUACCAGAUCACGGUGCAGACCUCGGACAUCAUGUUCGCGGGCACGGACGCGAACGUCAGCAUCACGAUGUACGGCGAGAAGGACGGCAAGAAGACGACGUCCGUGGAGAAGAUGCCGCUGGAAAACAGCUCGAACAACUUUGAACGCGGCGCGCUCGACACGUUCGAAAUCGGUCCGAUUCCCGACCUCGGGGUGUUGACGUCCAUCGACAUCGGCCACGACGCGUCCGCGCCCGGGAGCGGUUGGCACUGCCAGUACGUCGACAUCGUCGAGACGUCAAACCCGGACGACCGGUGGUACUUCCCGAUUCAGAGCUGGUUCGACCUCGGGACGAAGCCAAAGAAAAUUCGACAGACGUUUGCCGCGGCGAAGAAAGACCCGAACGCGGCGACGACGUCGUACAAGAUCGAGACGUGCACGUCGGACGUCACGGACGCGGGCACGAACGCGAACGUGCACAUCACGAUCUUCGGGGAUAAGGGCGACACCGGGAAGCUGAUGCUCGACAACGACAAGGAUAAUUUCGAGCGCGCGAUGGAUGAUGAUUUUUUCAUCGCCGACGCGAAAAACGUCGGGAAGAUUUCGCACAUCGAAAUCGGGCACGACGAGGCGUACUUGAGCCCGAAGUGGCACCUCGCGGAGGUGAGAAUAUUCAACACCGCGACGAUGGAGACGCUGACGUUCCCCGCGGACUGCUGGAUCUCGAAAAACGAAGGCCCGCACUUCCGAUCGGAGAUUAUGCUCACCCCGGGCGGCGUCGAAAACGCAAUCACGCUGAAGACGUACAAAGUAUCCGUCCACACCUCGGACGUGCGCUACGGCGGGACGGACGCGAACGUGACGUGCAGAAUCCACGGCACGCGCGCGGACGGCUCCAAGGUGCGCACGGGAGACAAGGUUUUAAACGACGGCAAGGACAACUUUGGAAGGAACAAAGAGGACGUCUUCCUCGUGAAGGACGUCGACGUCGGCGUCGUGGACGGCUUGUGGAUCGGCCACGACGGCACCGGGUCCGGGUCGGACUGGCACUUAAAUUACGUCGAGGUCGAGGUCAUGGACGAUGACGACGCGACCGCGCCGGUAUUCUUCUACCACGAGGACUGGCUCUCGAACGAGAAGAGCGAGGGAGUCAUGCUCAAACCGGACGCCGGCGGCAGCGGGAAGAUUCGGUAUAAAAUUUCCGUGCACACGUCCGACGUUCGUUUCGGCGGGACCGACUCCACGGUCAACAUCAAGCUCAUCGGCUCGAAGGACGGCAAGCCGGUGGAGACCGAGCUCAUGACGUUGGAGAACUCCGCGGAUAACUUCGAGCGCGCGAAGAUCGACGAGUUCAUCGUCAAAGUGCGCGACGUCGGGGAGAUCACGAGCGUGGACGUCGGCAUCGAAACCGGAAUGACGUCCGAUUCCUGGCACCUGAAGAUGAUCUCCGUGGACAACACGUCCACGGCCGCGAGAGAGGUAUUCUUCUACCACGAAGACUGGCUAAACAGCAAGUCCCCGCGCGUGACGCUGACGCCGUCGGACGGCAGCAAGAACGCCGCGGGCGUCGAAGACGGCCUGUGCCCGUACGUCGUCGAGGUCAUCACUUCGGACAUCAAAGGCGCCGGGUGCGACGCGAAAGUGUCGCUCGUCAUCUUCGGUAAGGAUGGCGAGAGCGAUUCCCUCGCGCUGGACACGUCCGCGGAUAACUUCGAACGCGGCUCGAAAGAGACGUUCCACGUCCGCGCCCCGGACGUCGGAGAGAUUGAACGCAUCAGACUCGGGCACGACAACAGCGGCAGCUUCUUCGGGAACGCGUCGUGGCACUGCGCGUCUGUGGAAAUCACAAACACGCAGACGAACGAGAGCGCGAUAUUCAACAUCAACAAGUGGUUCGCGGAGGACAAGCCGCCGAACAUGGUUUCCCAGGUGUUCUACCCCGGGGAUAACAAAGACGCGGCGCCGACGUUUCCGUACAUCAUCACGGUGAACACCUCCGACGUUUACGGCGCCGGCACGGACGCGAAUGUGAAGAUGACCUUGCGAGGGAUCGACCCGGAGGAUGGCUCGUCCACGACGAUGGGCCCGUUCCCGCUUUCGACGACCGGAGACGACUUCGUCCGCGGCAAAGCGGAAGUUUUCACCGUGCAAGGCCCGAAGCUCGGGGAGAUCAAAGAGUGCGUCGUCCAGCACGACGGCGCGGGGUUCAUGGGCGGCGGCGACUGGCACCUCGCGUGGGUGGACGUCGAGAACAAAGCGACCGGGUCGAAGGCGACGUUCACGUGUGGGGAUUGGGUAAAAGCGGACCAGCCGCGGACGCUCGCCGCGGAGGUCGUCGGCAGCUUCGCGUACGAGGUUGAGAUUCACACCGGGACAAAGUACGGCAGCGGCACGGACGCGAAAGUCGCCAUCGUCAUCACCGGCGACGCGGACCCAACGCCGUGGGCGCCGGAGUUGCUUCAAAAUGAAAAGAGCUUCUCCAGCGGCGGCGUGGACGCGUUCGAGGUCACGCGCGCGACCGACAUCGGCGCGAUCACGAGUGUCACGCUGUCGUGCCAAGAUAAAGGCAUGUUCGGGGACUCGUGGUACUGCGACAAGGUCAUCGUCAGGUCGAAGACGACGGGGCGCGAGUGCCUCUUUUUCUGCAACGACUGGGUCUCGUACGAAGGGAAAACGCUGUCGGAAAAGGUGAUGACGGACGCGGGGAUCGAAAACGAAGCCGCGGCGGCGGCAGCGAAAGCCUCCGGCGCCGCGGCCGCGGGGGACAUCCCGACCGAGUACAGAAUCACGACGUACACCGGGGACGAGCGCGGCGCGGGCACGGACGCGGCGGUGAGCGUCGAAAUUUUCGGCGCGAACGGUUCCUCCGGGGACAUCCCGUUGGACCAAGACGCGGAGCUUUUCGAACGCGAAGCCGUCGACGCGUUCGACCGCGUCGCAAAGAAAGACCUCGGCGAGCUCAAGGAAGUCUUGGUCUUCCACGACGGCGGCGGAUGGGGCAGCGGGUGGCUCCUAGACAAGGUCGAGAUCGAGCACGUGCUCACCGGUCGGACGUACGAAGCCGAGGUGAAGGCGUACGUCUACGGAUCGAAAGAGAAGGGCGUCAAGGCGGCGUUGAAGGUGACGCGCGCGGGGGCGGACCCGCGCGAGAUGAAGAAAAUUGCGGACGCGGCGGCGGCGGAGGCGGCGCACCUCGAGAAGCUUAAGCUCGGCGACGACGGCGGGGACGGCGGCGACGCGGGGACGCAAGCGGAGGCGUCGAAGGCGAUGGGCGAGGAGACGCCGCGGCCGGCGGAGCCGCAGGAGGCGGCGAAGGUGAAAAAGUUGGCCAAGGAAGCCGCGGCGGCGUCCGCGGAGAAGGCGGCGAAGACGCCUCCGGUCGACGAUGCAGCCAAAGCCAUCGCUGACGCGGCCGCGAAGGCUGACGAAGCCGCGAAGGCGAAGGCGGAUGAAGAAGCCAAGGUUGCGGCGAAAGCGAAGGCGGAUGAAGAAGCCAAGGUUGCGGCGAAAGCGAAGGCGGAUGAAGAAGCCAAGGUUGCGGCGAAAGCGAAGGCGGAUGAAGAAGCCGCGGACGCCGCCGCCGCGAAAUCAAAGGCCGACGACGCCGCGAAGGCUGCCGCCGCGGCAAAGAAAGCAAAGGCCGACGACGCCGCGAAGGCUGCCGCCGCGGCAAAGAAAGCGGACGACGCCGCCGCGAAGGCUGCCGCCGCGGCGAAGGCUGCGGACGCCGCCCCCGGCGCGUCCGCGGCGACGAAGCCGCUCGACGACGACCCCGCCGCGCCCGCGCCCACGCCCGAGCCCAUAGAGUACGUUGUGACCACGUUCCAGUCGUGCCCGGUCGACCUCGCGGUCACGAUCGUCGGCACCACCGGCGAGGCGAAACUCGUCAUCGAGAGCGGGAAGAUGGAGGGCGUCGUCGUCGCGACGAUCGGCGCGGCGCGGCAAGUUCGCGUCGUCGCCGCCGGCCUCGCGGACGGCGAGUCCUGCGCGCUGAUGGAGAUCUGCGUCUCCGAAGACGGCGACAUGGUGACGUUCGAGCUCGGCGACGACGCGGUGUUCACGACCGCGCACCCGGAGAUCCGGGUGAUGAAGUCCGCGCUGCCGGAGGCGCCGUGCGAGGAGUGGGAGGAGGCGAGGGCGAUGCGAAAAGGGCAGCCCGCGUCGUAUUGGUUUUCCAACGCGACCAAGGCGUCGGUAUGGAAGGAACCGAAGAAGUAUUAUCCGGUGAAGUUUAAGCGGCCGCCGAAGAAGACGGCGUCGGCGUCGGAGGGAGGCGACGCGGCGGCGGCGGCGGCGGCGAAGAAGGAGUAA